CUGAGCCCAGGAUUGAAUUUAGGUCUCGAGCAGUCUUGUCUGCAGUACAGCAGUUUAAUCACUGGGUCAGGGAGUUCUUAAAGCCAAAGGUUGCACUUAAGUGGACAGAAGAUCUUGUAUGAAACCCAAAGGCGCUUUACCAGAUGCAGCUAUGCAGUCAGAAGUAUGUACCUGUCCACCCCACUCUGGAUUUAAUAGCGCUUACUCCCGGGUGAUUGUAUUUAGCACUGCAGUCAUGCCUGAUAAAAGUGAUCGUGAUAUUUCCAUUAGUGGCUCGCUGAUGCGUUUGGGAUGCCUGCGCCUCCGAAGACGUGAGGAAACAGAAUGGUAAUUAUCAUCGCCCAUCCCUGGGCCUCAAUCACGGGGACAUGAGGGAGAGGGUGCUUUCCAGCCGAACUAAAGAGGAGCCCCUGGCUGGAGCUCAGCAUGGCGCCCAGGAGGAGCCCCUGCGUGGAUACCUGUCUCUUAGCUGCCUGCCUCUGCCUCUGGAGAGGGACUCUGGGCCACGACUUCCUAGGGCCAAAGGCACCUGCCGACCCUGGGCUUGCACCCAAUACCGUGUGCCUGACCCUCCCUUGGCUGAGCCGGCGCCAGCUUGGACUCUGCAAGCGCAGCCCAGAGGCCAUGGCUUCGGCUCUGCAGGGCAUCCACCUGGCCCUCCAGGAAUGCCAGCAUCAGCUGCAAGAGCGGCGUUGGGACUGCUCCGACUUGGGUGGGGGCGGCAGCUCCACACUGCUCAACAGCCCCAUCCUGAAGAGAGGCUUCCGGGAAAGUGCUUUCACACUCUCGUUGCUGGCAGCUGGUGUGACUCACGCUGUGGCCACCGCUUGUAGCCUUGGGGAGCUGCAGAGCUGCGGCUGUGCCAGGCAGGGCUCCAAGAAUCAAAGGAUGAAGCUCAGCCAGCUACAGAAUCUAAGCCGGGGCAAGGGCCUGCCUCCUGUGCCAUCAUCACUAUGGGGGGAACCUGGCCCCCAGGACACCUGGGAGUGGGGAGGCUGCAGCGCAGACUUUGACUAUGCCCAGAGAUUUGCUCGCCAUUUCUUAGACCCUCGAGGAAAACCACGCGAUGCUCAUGCACGGAUGCAACUGCACAGCCACCGUAUAGGGAGGAAGGUUGUGUCAGAACUGAGUCAGCGAAGGUGUAAAUGCCACGGCCCCUCCGGGAGCUGCCAGUUUCGGACAUGUUGGUUGGCACCACCUGACUUCCGUCACAUGGGCUCUGACUUGAAGGAGCGCAUGGACCACGCCAUACUCCUGCGGCCGCACAACAGCAACUCCGGAGCCUUCCGGCCACGACUCCACAGAAACCGUCUGGCCAAACACCUUAUCUUCUACGAACCCUCGCCGGAUUUUUGCGAGCCUGACCUGAGCCUGGGUUCAUCGGGCACCCGCGGGCGCACUUGUGCCAAAGGCAGCACAGGGCCAGAUGGCUGUGGCAGCCUUUGUUGUGGGCGUGGCCACAACAUGCUGCAGGAGAGGCGUGCCCAGCGGUGCCAUUGCCGUUUCCACUGGUGCUGCCACGUGCAGUGUGAGGAGUGCCCUGCCACAGAGUGGAUUAGCGUCUGCAAGUGAAGAGGGGCCAGCCAUGGCUCCCCACAAACUGUGCUGCAAUGGGUUGAGUCUUGUAAGGGCUCCUACCUGUGGCUCUGUGGAGCGGGGCAGCUGCUACAUCGGUCAGCAUGUGCUGGGUGAAGCCAUAUCUCAGAGGGCACCUUGCCUGGACACUGCUCUCCGCCUGUGAACCACACUUCCUGGUUGUGCCACGGGUACGCCUGGCAACUCGGCCUCUCUCUGUGUCUGGUGCUCAGACUGGCUGGCUGUCAUGUUUUAGGUGUCUGGUGCUACAAAUGAGCAGCCACUGAAUGAAUGGGUAUCCACGGAACGUCUUUUCCAUGGUGGAAUUGCCCUGCACAGGCAGUCACUUCUUGCUGUUGUUCUGUUUUCCAACAGGAACACACCUUGUCAUAGACAGAGUAAAGGCUGGCGAGACGACAGUGGCCCUCUAUAUGUUUUUGACCUCCAGCACCCAUCAGUCUUAGAUGUCACAGAAAAAUAGGUACUGCAAGAUUAUAGGAGAUGUAGUUUUUCAAAGUCCUCGAUGUUCUGUCUGGUUUUACAGCGCCCAACAAUCUGAGGACUGGGGUGGGAAGGCAUUAAACUGGGGGUGGAAAACAUACUGCCUGCAGGCUCUGUUGUGCAUCCUACGUUUGAGUGGUGGUGGCUGUCCAAGAUCUAGGGAUUUCGCUCCAGAUUUUGCUCACCCCUGCAUUCAACAUUAGA